ACUUUGGUUUUUGCAAAAAAAUGUCUGAGUCAGUGGUCAGAGCUUUAUACGGUAGAGGGACUUCUUUAACUUUGGCCUCGAAGAAAAUAAAAGAGGUUCCCAAGUGUGUCUCCAGAUUAACAAACCUGUCGGUUCUCCUGCUGAACAACAACUCCAUCAGCGCCCUGCCCGCCGAGCUGCUCUCCCUGCAACACCUGGCUGAGCUGAAUUUGGGAAAUAAUGCCUUGAAGGAGGUUCCCGCUGUUUUGGGCCAUCUGGAGUCCUUGAAGAAGCUGUAUCUAUUCAGUAACCAAAUUACAGUCGUGCCACCUGAGGUGAUAGGUGGCUUACAAAACCUUGUUGUCCUCAAUCUGAAUCACAAUCAGAUUCAAAGACUUCCACCAGAGAUUAAAAGUUUGAGUAGGCUUCAACGUCUCAGUGUGCUGGACAAUAAGCUGGAGGAGGUUCCUGUUGAGUUGGGCCAUCUCACGAGUUUGUCUGAGAUAAACUUGACUUCCAAUCAUUUGUCUUGGCUACCUCAGCAGCUGUACCAGUGUAAAGAACUAACCAAGUUGUAUGUAGCCAGAAACAAGCUGACCAGCCUUCCAGAGGGAAUUGGGACACUGGCCAAACUCCAAGUUCUGGAUGUAGCUGGGAACAAGCUGUCCAUGUUCCCUGUUGAGUUUCACCUGCUGCCCCUGAAGGAGGUCUAUUGUGAAGGCAAUAGGUUUGUGCGCUGUGAGCCAAUGGUGUCAGUGCAGGAUGUGGAGGUGCUUUCAUUAAAGGAACUGGUUGCCAGAUUUGUCUUGCGGGAGGACAGGAACAGGUCCUCUCUGGUCCACAGGAUGCUUCCCCACUAUCCGUUCCUGACUGCCCUGUUGGCCAAUGGCAGCCGUUGUGCGCUCUGCCUGGGCCCCUUCCUCACCACCUGGCUGGAGUGUGUGCAUUUCAUCAGACUGAAGGAUGUAAAAGUGAGGAGUUCGCUGACUGUUCCAGUGCGGGCCCUUCUUUGUUCAUACAAGUGCUUUAAUGCGGAUGGACACUCCUACUAUGGUGUUGCUAAAAGAUAAAUACAAGUUUAUUAAAAAGACGCUGUGGGUCACCUUCCUUGGAGUCGGCCAUGUUAAACCGCCAUGUUUCUACAGUAUCCCAGAAUGGACAAACCAAACACCGGGCUGUAGAUAGGGGCUUUCAGGUUUUUCACGUUUUUUGUGAAUUUGUAGUCACUGUAGGUUCUCCAACACAUUUCACAACCCAUUCUCAUUCUCAGGUUG